AUGCUAGUUUACGCUAGAGUGAAAAUUGAGGUUUGUAUAAAACGUAUUUUUUCUGAUGUCACUUUGCAAAACAAGAGGUGAUUAUAAUUCGCUGAACUAGUGUUUUCUCUUUCUGAUUUCAGACAUAAUGAGGUGUGUAAUGGUUGCGCUCGGAAUUUUGAUGGUUUCUGUGAAGGGAUUGUAUGGUAAGGUGCCGUGCUCGAACACACCUAAGUAUACAUUAAGAGCACAAUCCCGAUUCCCGGUAACCCUGACGGUUCCUCGAACCUCCCGAUAUUUCGAACAAGACCGACUUGCCUUUUCAAUUCAAACUGUGUAAUUUUUCCCCUUCAUUUUUUAGAACCUUUCAAUAAUUCGAAACAAUUUUCUUUUCCCGAGGAGGUUGGAACUCAUUAUUCCACUGUGUAAUGCACUAAAUAAAUUUGUUCAACCUCGUUCCCAGAUCUUCUCUCUACAGCUGAAGUUCAUAAGAAGCUCACUUUGACCUCGUUCAAACUAGAGAAACUUGUGAAAAGCGACUAAGUAAAGUCCUUCUAAUCUUACCAACUUUGCUAUUUUGAUAUAUUAUCAGGAGUAUUCACUAAAAUAAGUUCUACGGGUCCGUCAGUCCCCACCAUUUUCAAAUGAAAGCACUUUUACACUUUUAAAGGCAAAAAAUCAUCAAGCGCAAAAGCUAUAUAGAAAACUAAAAAGAACAUAUCUCCUUUGACGUUCGCUCGUGUUUCCACUUCUUAGUGAAUGACCCACUCACACUCGCAAAAAAAAAUCGAAAUUCAAAUUUUCUUUUUUUUCUCUUCAUUAUCUGGUCUAUUUUAGAAACGUUUCUUUUCGUUUCCGGUCGUUUCGCUACUGUUUAUUUCGCUGCUUAUCGAAAUCUUAAAGAGUCCCGAACAGUUAGCUGUGUGUUAUUAACGGAAAAGGGCGCACUUAGCGGCACCGUGCACUUUCCAUGCAAUUUGCUUCAAAUACGGAUUAACCAUUUGAAAUGCAAGGAAAUUUCAAUUGCUUGAAUUUGUUAAAUUUGCUAAGUUAGUUUAUACUUCCCGACUUUUUAAUAGAGAGAGUAUAAAUUAUGAAUUCCUGUUUUUCCCCCCAUGAGUCGGAUAUAUAUAAGACGUGUCAAGCUUCAUGAAGACAGAACGCUUCGAGAGGAACAUGCAUAUGGAACGAGUUAAAGGUUUUCGAUCUCAUAAAUCACCGUCCAAUAUUCAGGGACAAAGAAGUAAAAGUUUUUAUCCGAGUGGUAAUGAGUAGAAAUUUGGAGCUCUUUAAACUAGCUACAGAUACAAAGGAUGAUCAUAACAAAUAUCCGAAUAAAUAGAGAAAUUCACUGUAAAGUCAAAACGCAUCAGUCUGAUAUAAAGUUUUUGCUUUUUUUCUCCCCCAGCUUUCGAUCGCGACACUUUUGGGAUUGGUGAGCCAUUUCCUCCUAAUAUCUAUCCAGUUGAGUUCACUUCUGUCCAGGUUACCUGUGUAGCCUUUGAUUCAUCCGGAAUAAAAACCCCUGAAAAGAUACUGUUCGUGAGGAAGGACCGGUAUGCGCGUUAUACAUUCUUAACUGCUGAUGAAAACUUAUAUUUCACAAACCGAACAGAGGAAGUGGACAAGGGUAAGCCGAUGUCUUAUAAAAAUAAAAUCUAAAAGUGACUCUAAGUAUUGCAACUGAGUAUCCCAUUUUAUAUUUGAUAUUAGACCGCUAUUACACGAUGAGAAAGCGCGCUUUACAUUAGUGAUCUAAAUUAGCCUUCGUUCCAACGUCACCGUCUUCCGUCAACCAAAGAUAGCACGUUGUCUUAGCAAUCAUCAGGUUUUACCCAGCAUUCCUUAGUCAUGAGGGGAACACGUAUCUUUAAAUUGGCCAUUUCCGCGUUCCAUAAACUCUCACGUUCCAAACGAGGCUAAGAACAAAACCUUGUGAAAAUGAGUUUUAUUUGCACGAGAAUGAAAAAUCAUUUUCCGAAAUCAAUGACUUCGCAGUUAGUCUCGCUUUGAGACAGAGGCUUGGAGCAACUCGGAAAUGGCGUAUUGCUAUUACACUGUUAGGAAUCUGUCAAGUUUCUUAUAUACCUUACUCUGAAAUAAGACAAUGACAAACAUGCAAGUAUUGAAGCUAUUCGACGAUGUGCAUAUAAUUAUGUAACCUACUAAGAGUCCCAACACUUCCACAGAUGGAAAGAAGAUAAAGAAGCUCUUUGUCACGAUGCACAUACGGAAUGUAACGCUAGAGGAAGAUAGUACGUAUGGUCAAUUGGGAAGGUACGAAUGUCACGCUUUUGCGGUUGGAUCACCCUUGGAACGCAAGCAUGGUUUCAGUAUUAACGUCAUUUCGAGUAAGUUUAAUCUUAACAUGAACAGGACACCCAAUGACAGUAUUCUGUAAAAUAUCUGUUCGGAGAAGUAAACAUUGACCAAAAUUUUCUUUAACUUGAGGACGGCUAAAAAUUUCUACGUGACGGUUCAAUGCAUGUACCAUUUUCGAAGCUUAUCUAGUAAAUUGCCUACGAUUUUUUUUGUUUGUUUUUGUUUAAUGCUUCAACACGUUAUUGCAAACAUUAAAAAGUAUUACAAAACAAAACAUUGAAUAAAUAAUUAAAUAAAUUACACUACUUUACACAAAAGAGCCAUGGUGAUUAUAUAAUUAAAACUUAUAGUAAGCACAGGAGAGGUUUCCAUAGAGAGUGAAACUUGUUAAUUAGCCCUUUGGAUUGGAAUAUGCAUUUAUGUACAAUUAGCUUGCCUUUAACAAAAUCAAAAAACAAUUGCCUACGAUUUUCUGAAGUUUAAUUUUCACAUUUCUCUCCCUAAGUUAGGUUAUUUUUCUUAGAAAAAGGAAACCUAAAAUAUUGGCGGGAUUAAACGAUGUGAUGGAGAGAGGAAUCAGAAAAAUUCUCACUUCCGUUAUAAGUUUUAUACUGCUACAUGAGAAAUUUUUGCAAUUUGAUUGACUUAGAGCAGUGGUAUUUCAGCUUACUUUGAAAUACCUACAUGUGAAAAUUACAAACCUUUUUGCGGGUAGUAGUAAAAACAAAUAAUAGCAUAAUUUGUACGUAAUACUUGGCAUAAAUACCACUCAUGAUAUUUCAAAAUCGUCUCAAAUUUCACUCGCCUUAAGACUCGUGAAAUUACGUAUAACAAUUUCGAAAUAUCACUAGUGGUAUUUAUGCCAAAUAUCACUACAAUUCAUGCUAUUACCUAUACAAAUUACAUCUAUUAUACUACUACAUGAAAAAUUUCUGUAAUUUCAUUUGCUUAGAGCAGUGGUAUUUCAGCUUAAUUUGAAAUGCCUGCAUGUGAAAAUUACAAACCUUUUAUAGGUAGUAGUAGAAACGAAUAAUAGCAUGAUUUGUACGUGAUAUUACCACACUCAAGCUUUUAUUUUUUUACAUUCACAAUAAAUAAAUUACAAAUACAGACUACCUGCAAAAUAGCGGCGCUAAUAGAGGCAGGUAGUAUGGAGACGUGUCUAUUACCCAAUAUACAAUAUUAUUCUAAUGAAAUAAAGAUAUACAAUAGUUACGGAAUUACAGAGAUUAAUGACAAUAAUGAAUUCAAAAUAUGUUAUUCUUAUGACAUAAAGAUACAAGAUAUUCAAUAAUUACGAAAUUACAGACGCGAUUAAUUACAAUUAAUUUAUAAUGUAUUCAAAAUACAAUAAUUACAAGCGGCUAAAGGAGGGUAGAAAACUUGUAGAUAAAUAGAAACAAGAACAAUUAAAAUCCUUUUUAUUUACAAAAGAAAAGUUUAAAUUCUUUUCAUUUCAUUUAUUAACGUAUCUAUAUCAAGAUAAGAAUCCUGUUUUAAGAAGAUUUGAAAUAAGGAGUCAGUUAUUUUUUUCUUGAGUCUAUAUCUUGGGAGCUGUUUCAUAACAUCUGGAAUACACUGUUCCAAAUAUUUGCGCCCAUAAUGGAAAAAGAGUCCUUAUAGUGCCGGAUUUAGUCGAGAGUAGUUUAUAUAGACAUCACCAAGAAGAAGAACGGGUGUUGUAAUGAUGAACAUCUUUAGUGGGGGUAAAAAGAGUAGAAAUGUAAGAUGGCAAGACUUUGUUAUAGACAUCAUGCAUUAAGAUAGAGUAAUUUUUAAAGUAGAGUAAGGGUAAAGGCAAAAUAUUGGUAGAGAAUUAAAGUGGAACAGCGUGAACACUCAGCUUUGCAAAAUUCAUCAAACGGACAACCCGUUUUUGAAUUAGUAAUAUCUUGUUUGGAUGUGUUUUGGCUGCCUGUCCCCAGGCAAUAAGGCCAUAAGAGAUAGAUGUAGAAAUCAGGGAUCUAUAUAUAUUAAGCAAAGUUACAAAGGGAGUGAAAUGCCUUAGCCUGGCUAUUAUACCGAUAUUACUACUAAUGUUAGACGCUAUAUAUGUGGCUGAUAUGAUAUUUCCAACAAAGAUUACUAUCCAUCAGGACCCCUAGGUACUUAACAUAUGACUUACGUUAUAUACUUAUCAAUCUAUUUAUUUGGUUCUCAUAUGUCGUAAGUUUAACUUCAUAAUAUAAACGUUUUUGAUAUGGGUGAAAGAUAACGAAAUAAGUGUUCUUUAUAUUUUAUGGAUAGUUUGUUAGCGCUUAGUCAGUCACAGACAUUAAGUAGUUCUACAUUUACAACAGAUUCAAGUGAUUUUAAAUUCAUAUCAGCAUACAGCAAAUUUGUAUCGUCAGCAAAUAAGUGAAAUCCUAGUUUGUGUGAAGCCGUGUAAAUGUCAUUAAUAAAAAUCAGAAACAGUAGAGGGCCCAAAACAGAACCCUAUGGCACACCACAAGAGGUUUUCUCUCUUUUAGAAAUAUAGGAACCGACAUGAGUGGUUUGGGUUCUUCCAUUUAAGUAUGAACAGAACCAUUUAUUGAUUACACCACGAAUUCCGUAAUGAGACAGCUUAUGAAGUAGGAUAUGAUAAUCAACUGCAGCAAAUGCCUUUUGCAGAUCGAUGACAACCCCUCAUGAAAACAUGCCCUUGUCCAUGUUUCUUUGAAUUCUAUUUACAAUGUCUAAGAUGGCAUGUUGCGUUGAAAUCUUUCACGAAAACCAUAUUGAUAAAUGUAAAAUAUACUAUGUUUGUUUAAAAAUUGUUUUAGACGAUCAUACAUAAUCUUUUCAAAGAUUCUAUUGAAGACUGAAAGAAGAGAAAUAGGCCGAUAAUUACUGGGGUCAGUUUCAUCACCAUGAAAAUGGGGAUAAUUCCAGCAUGCUUUAAUUUAGAGGGGAAGAAUCCUCUCUCAACUGAAAUGUUUGGCAUAAAGACCACUUGUGAUAUUUCAAAAUUGUCUCAACGUUACGUAUAACAAUUUUGAAAUAUCACUCGUGAUAUUUAUGCCAAAUAUCACUACAAAUCAUGCUAUUACCUGUACAAGUUUUCGGGAAAAUAAUACUGAGGCCCUUGUAACUUCGAAAAGGCCGAAGUCCCUUUAGGAUGACCGAACAGACACAAAUUUUACAGCGCUGCUUAGAAUGCAUUUCUAGAGAUCUAAGAGUACUCUGGAUAACCUAAAGGGUGUUUUCAGUAUUCGUCGUUGAGUGCUCCUGUCUUAAAUCUAGAAACGAGUAACACAAAACCUCGCGAGGCAGGAGAAAUAAAGAGGAAAAAAGCUAAUAAAAAACAAAUAUGAAAAAAAAUCUUCUCAACCGUGAAUCGAACCGGUAUUGUUUGCUUCCUUGUCGAAAACUGCCCCAAUUCGGCAGACACACAAAUGAAAGCAAAAUAAAAUCAAAUCAAAUUCAAUUGCAAAUCCUUUAUUGAGACACAUAACACCCUGGUUCACCAAUUGCAAAGAUGACGUUAAAACGUGUACGUGUGUCCAAAAUUAAAAAAAAUGUAAAAGUAUACAUUACUACCAUUAAAAUAGUUACUAUAAAUAGAUCAACAAAUUGGCUAAAAGUAGAAUCUAAAAUUAUGGCUAUUUACAGAAUUUACAAGCCCUACACCAUGUGAGCUUUAAGAGAUCGCUUAAACGACGCAAUGUCAUGUGACUCCCUGAUUAUCAUAAGAAUUUAUUUAAAGCAAUUUUCCGCAGACAUGCUGCUGCUAAACGCCGUUUUAAAGCUGGCCGAUGGCGGAGCCGUAUUAGGAGGCAGUCUCUCUAAAAGCGUUCCACUCGAUUUCGCACUCGAAAAACUUUUGCCUUAUAUUUUUAUCAUCAACACUACUAUCCAUCCUAAUAACGAAAUUGCAGUUAGAAUGAGGAAUUUGCUAAUUUUACUGCCAUUCCCAGCAUUUCAUUGCUGGACGACCGUUAGCGGCUAAAAUAUGCAAAUUUUAGAUGCCGUUUUACAGGUUUUUUAACGAUCGUUUAUAAGUACUUCGGGUCAUCAAAUCCUAGACUGUUCGCACUCAUUUGGAAGCAUAUUACUUCUUUUUACUGUUCCAAUACCAUUUAGGCAUUGUCUUUCUCUAAUCAGCAAAAACUGGUCGUCUUUAUUUCACUAACCGCAAAAUGCACGAAUAAAUGCCUCAAAAACUUGACAAAAUUCUCAAAAGUGGCACCUAAACUAGACCUAAAAACAUGUUUUAGUUAGAGAUUAAGAGCUAUUUUGUCAAGUUAUGAAAUAAAACUCUUGGCAUAAUGCGAUUCAGAAUUGAAGGAUUCGACUUGCGUAUUGAAUUUGCAUAUCGAUGCUGAAUUCGCAUUGCGUGACACCGGCCGCUGUGAUUGUAAAAAAAUUCUUCAUGAUCCUACAAAUGACAAUUUUUCUGUUUGUUUUUUUUUUGUUUACUUUAUUAACAAGAAAAAUCGGAAAUAGGUUAAGCUUAUAGAAGAUUAAGUCUACUUUUCCACUGACCUUCGUAUUAAUAGUCUCGGCCGGCCGUCCUUUGUUCGACUCCCAGUAGUUGGCCUUCUUGGUAGUAGGGUGGGUCGGGAAAAUACGCAUUACUCCCUACCCGACCCCUUCGCCCUUUUCUUACUCGCAUCUCUCGGAGAGUCGCCCCCACAGUCUGAACGCCUGGAAGAGGCUAUUCGACAUACUCCAAUCGCGUUUUAAACAAACAAUUUUGUUUUACAGAUAACAUUUACGAGAAGCAUUAACAUUUUGCAGCGAGAAGGUCCUUCACACAUUCACCUUUUACACUUUAUAUAUGGGACGAUGGUACACGGUAGUCAUUGAAGAAAAAUUAAGAAAAUAUAUGGACUGGAGUUCAAAGAAGUAAAAUCAACAACCCGCUAAUCACGUCUACGCCACAAUAAGUCUCGUACUUAUAAACUCUUAUCAAGUAAAUUGUUAUUUUCCCUUUAAAAAAAUGAAAUCAGCUGUGAAAUGUACAUUGAAUUAAGUUAGUGUCCGGAUACCUUUAGGAAUUUGAUAUUAGUAUUGAAAAUUUUUAGAUGUAUAAAUCUACCGACCUUCGAUCACAAAUUACCAGUGCUAUGCUUUUAAUGCUGUAAGCUAUCAUCAAUUCCGCGAUGGACAGUGAGUGAAGUGAAUGAGUAGCCUGACAGAGUUCGGUUGUAACCUGUUUAUACCACCACUAAAUAAAACCGUUAGCCUGUCAAGUUGUUAAGCUUUGAACAACUAGGAGAUUUAUAUUUGACUGUUUUAGGGAAAUUUGUACCAGAUCUUCGUUUCCUCUCAUGCAAUCUCGCUCGUUUUUUGUUUUUAUUUUUGUAUUUUUUUUCAUAAGAUUUGUGAAGUAUUUGAGUCUUUAUAUUCUUUGUCAUAGCAUCUCGGUAUGCUGAGACAUAAAAGCAAUAAGAUCCUCUCUGAGUGGGUCAACAACAUUAUCCGCGGUACCCUGGCGUAUCAAAUGAGCGCUGCACGGGAGUAGCAAAAACGAAAUGAUAAACGCGGUGGCCCCUAAUUUAGUAACAUCGAUAUUAAUAUGAAUUUGGAUCCACACGGAGGAUCCAAAGGCCAAGUUUUAAAAAUGUGAUCCUAGAUCCUUCAGCUGUUGUUCAGAUGUAUGUAUUUUUACAACAUUAACGUGGUAGAAUGAAAGCGUCUGUAAGAACAGGGUAAUAACCGCUAACAAGACGUGAGACGAGAAAAGACGUAAAAACAGUGUAGGGAUCUCGACCUGGAGAAAUGUUCAUACUGGGGAAGUCUUUGAAAAUGCCGGAUUCAGACUUCGCGUCAGUUCUCACCUCUACUAAUUGUUCGAAUUCAGAGGUUUUUGUCCACGUUGGGCUUCAAUAGAAAAUUCUGUCGGUGAAUUCUCCAUUGUACCAAACAAUAGUUAUGAGUGCUCUCAGUAAUGCCUAAAGGUAGGUCAUCACGAUUUUGACAAUUCAUGUAACUUCGACUCCACAAGGUUUAGAUUAUCAAAGGAUGCGCUUAUCACUUUCUGUUUCACGCGUGUAUCUUGUGAUAUUCAAAUCCGUCAGCUCAUAAAUGAUAUUAAAUGUGCAAGUGCAUCAGCUGACUGUGUAACGUUAUGCCAUAGUGCAACAGUGAUUAAUGUCAGGAUAUUUGACGUAAAGCCUUUUCCUACUUUUCUUCAUAACUUCAUUAUGUUUGGAUCUUCACUUCCCGCAUAUUUCUAAAUAAAAUAAUUGAGUGGAUUACUGAGUUUAUCACUGUCUGAACCUGAAAUUACGAUUACAACAAUACCCAUCGGCCCUAAGGAACUAGUGAUAAGGAUAUUAGAAAUGAUUUUACGAUAUUUUACGUACGUGAUCCCAUCCUUUAAAAUAGAUGGUAAACGAUCUUCGCAAUCUCCAAACCAAUUACAUGCCUGUCCUUGGUCCUAAUAUUGCUUUCUUGGUCCUCUAUGCGAAGAACGAGGUGGCCGCCAAAAUCAUCCGAGUUUAUAUGCGAUAUUUUUGGGUAAUCCCCGGGAGGACUCCCAUAUAAAAGUGAAGGGGCUGCUCUUCGGAAAAUUAAUUUAAACCCCCAAGGGAGGCCAAUGUGGGUGUGGCUCAAGCUUUAACUUACCCCUAAAGGAGAUUUCUGUCAGUUCAGCGUCACGGCUUUUUCUUUUUUUGCAAAUUUCUUUAUGCACAGCCCUAAGCGAUACCUGAAUGAGCAUAUUUAGUUACUUUCCGUCCCAAACAACCGAAGUGAGACCAAAAUCUGCAAACGACGAGCACCCACAUCACUUUUGUAUGGGAGUCCUCCUGGGGAAGCAGAUCACACCUGUUCUACUUGAUUUUUCGUAAGGUCAAUGAUUACCAUCUUUUGACAGUAUUGGCUCUGCUUCACUUAGUUCAGACUUCGAUGGAUGACAGGUUUCAUGGUGAGAAGUAAUGGUGUCCUGCCAUUCGUGUACUUUUAUCAGUUAGGAAAAACCGCGUGAACUUCCACACUUUAUUUUCAGGUCACUAUCCCUGAUGUUGCACGAUUCGAAACUAAUGCUGAAACUUUAUUAUUUGCAUGUGCCAACUUCUUUAUUAACUGGCUUCGAUACAAGACUAACCUUGGACUCCGGACUGUCUCUUGGUGCGUGAAACCAGAACUGGCCACUCUUAAUAGGAAGAAACAGUCAGUAAAAGGAACAAUCCUUCUAAUUGAAAUUUCAUUAACAAAGGUCUUCAAAUGUGGGCUCCUGAUCAGUGGAAGGUAAACAAAGGAAAAAUAGUAAUUCGCCGUUCACAGUCCAGUACUGUCGCCCCACGUUAGCGAAUACAAGACGGUCUUGGAUUCUGGUCCCAUUCCGUGGAUUCUGGAUUCCGGUUGCUGGAUUCCAGUCUUUUCCAGUGAAACUUGGAUUCUAGAUUUCAUUCCUUAGUGGGGUACUUGAGCUCUAUUCUGGAUUCCAAAGCCCUGAAUUCCGGAUUCCGCAAGCAAAAUUUUCCAGAUGCCGGAAUCCCGAUACCCUUAUAUGGGGCGAAGAACUAGUCAAACAUUUUCUGCCCUGUUCAUGCAUACUUAAUUAAGCAGUGGGAAAUUUAUUUUUCUUCUAACGUCGAUUUUAAAAUGUGAUGGAUCCGAUUAACUUCUGAUCAAUACAGCUUUUUCAGACUGGACCACAUUUUAAGCUAGAAGAGGUUUGGUUCUGAAAACGUAUUUUUCCGUCUUGACAUAACAGACUUAACACGAAUGUUCGGGGCAGUGAGAAAUUAAAUGAAGCUUGGAAAGGUAUCUUUUACUUGCUGAACUAACUUUUAAACAAUAUAUAUCAUUGGCAAAGGGAAAAAGGGAAUUUUAAUAUGGUUUUGGUGGGGAAAUGAGGCAUAUCGUACUUAAAAGUGGGAAGUAUUUGAAUAACUGAGGAUUUUGCUGUGACAGCAGCCGGUUCGUCACGCAACGCAAAUUGAACAUUUGCCUAAAUUUGAAUUGAAACCUUCCAUUCUGAAUCGCGUUGUGCCACAAGUUUUAUUUCAUAACUUGACAACAUAGCUAUUAAUCUUUAACUAAAACAUGUUUUUAGGUCUAGUUUAGGUGUCACUUUUGAGAAUUUUCUGAUGAUUUUGAGGCACUUUAUCGUGCAGUUUGCUUUCUUAGUUGGAUUAGCGAAAUAAAGACGACCAGUUUUUGCUGAUUACCGAAAGAUAAUACCUAAAUGGCAUUGGAACAGUAAGAAGAAGUAAUAUGCUUUCAAAUGAGUGCAAAUAGUCUAGGAUUUGAUGACCUGAGGAACUUUAGAACAAUCGUUAAAAAACCUGUAUAACAGAGACUAAAAUUUGCAUAUUUUAGCCGCUAACGGUCGUCCAGUAAUGAAAUGCUGGGAAUAGCAGCAAAAUAAACAAUUUCCCCAUUCUAACUGCAUAAAAAAAAGAACGAUAGCAACAACGGCAACGAACAUGAUGGAAUGCAAAAAAGGUGCUAACUUUUCUAUUGUCUGUACUUACUUCUGAUUGGCUUAAACAGCAAAAGUUAACAAAACUUCAUAAAGCGGUACAUAUAUCCAUCCUUACUUUCCAACCAUCUUCCAAAUAACAAAAUCUGGUCUCAGUUUGAAUAACAAAGAAAUCCUAUGUGGGGAACAUGUAAAAUUGUAAACUUUUCUUGGCUAUUGUUUUCAACUCUUGUGAUUGGUCAAAACCUUUUAACACAAAAAAACACCCUUUCAAAGUGGAGUGUAAAUGCAUUUUAUUGCGUAAAUGGCCUUCAUGUAGGUUUAUGCAUUCUCUGUGUAAAAAUGAGAACAUUCCUAUGUGGGGAAAGCACCGUUGCCGCAUAACAAAAGAAAUUGCUAUCCACCUUACCCGGAUCAUUACUUAAACUUCACGUAUUUCAUCGUAUUUUACUUAAUUGCUCACACAUUUUUCAUUUUAGGAGACGAACUUCCUUCGAUAUCUGUGACUGAAGCCAACAUGCUGCAACACGGUGACAGCAUCAUAGUCUUUUGUAACAUCACUCGCCCCUCGUGGAGUUCUCGGCUGAAAAGGAUUUCAUGGUUUAAAAAUGGUGUUGUACAGCAAAGCGUGAGAUACCCGGACCAAUACUCUCCCGUACCGCUUGUUAUAAAAAAUGCCGCGGCCAGAGAUGGUGGAAAUUAUACUUGUGUUCUUGAGGUUUCGCUUCGCGGAAUAAGACGUUACAAAGUAUCAGACAGUGUUAUGAUUACAAGUGAGUAUACAAUUAGUCUUUGGUAGUUUCCACCAUAAGAACAUAGUUCGAAUGGUGCAACCUCAUUGAGGGGACAUAUUUUCACGCAUAAAUUCUCACCUGCAAAAGAUCUGACCAAUCUGGAAUGUGAUUGGCUGUACAUCUGAAGUGUAAGCAAGUCUAAGCCAAUAACAACAAAACCAGGGAUUGAAGUUUGAAAUGAAUAGUUAUAGUAUAAGGAUAAUUAUCUAAACAAUACCCUAAAGAAAAUGGGAGAAGUAGCUACGUUAAGAAACGGUUUUCACGAUGGUCAUACGUAAGUUCUAAGAGUUCAUGAUCUUAAAUGAUAUUCUUGCCUUUUUUGCAGUUGCUCCGUGGUUUGAUAAACCACAAGGGGAUACUGAAUUGAACAAAUUCAAGGAAGAAAGUGUUUCUUUUCAGUGUGCCGCCAAAGGUUUCCCAUUAAACGUUGAAUGGAAGUUUCAGAAGAGUGGUGAAGACAAUAUACGCUCUUGCAUAAGUACGUGUUGGGCCAGUUGUGCAUCUCAUCGCGUAAACGUAUAAGGCCAUCCCAAUAAAAUGUUUCGUUUCCCAUCGCCCCGUCUCUUGUGAUGGUGGGUCGGUCGGUCGGACAAAAAAGAUGGCCGGGCCGCUAAAUAAGAAAGCCUCAAGUCAACUCGAAAACGUGGUCUUUUCGACUAUCAAAUAUCUAAACAGCCUUUAAAAAACGUAGUAUUGAUGUUAAUCAAAAACAAGAACAUCACAUCAUGCCAAUUGUUGUUAACAAAACAAGAUCGUGUGCUUUUAAAUUAAAAUACUUGCUUCUUUGACUAGUGAAUCUGGAAUUUCUGUUUUUUUACUUUUUGAAAAAAAUGGGUCGGUCGGGCGAUGGCAAACGAAACGUUUUAUUGGGAUGGCCUAACCUCUCCACCAGCUUACAAGACUGGCGCAUAUAAUUACUUCUAAAAAAAAUGGAAUAGGAUGCUUUUGUUUGCAUGUCAAUUGAGUUAAUCAAUAUUCGGACAAGUAUACAUGAGUCACAAUGCGUUCACGGUAUCGAGGUGGUACACGUAAAGGAAGUUUGUACUGUACUUAUUGAAGCGUUAGUUUUGUCUAUGGGCCUUUUUUCAAUAAGGAAGUUUGUUCUCAGUUUUAAAAUACCUUUACAGGUGGUUCAGAUGCAAAAUACCGCAUACAUCGCAGUGGGAUUUACGCGCCAUAUGUAUUGACAGUGAACGACUUGCAGUAUUCUGACAGUGGAUCUUAUUAUUGCUGCCUCCCCUCUAACUGCUCCGAUGAUGUCAAAAACAACUGCCAGCGAUUUGUACUUGGAGUAAGAGGUAACAAAAAGCUUGUUUUCUUUUUCUCUUUUCCGGAAUAUUUCCACAGUAUUAAAAAAAGGUAGAUUACAUAGAGAGAAAUGAAUCUUGGGUCAGUUAACCACAGGAAGGGGAGAUGCCAUUUGAUGGGUAGGGGGUGGGGGGGAGUGUCCGCCGUCUCGCCUAGGGGUCAGCAGGUUUUGAUCUCAUCUGGGGAGCUCACGAAGGGAAGCUUUUAUUUAGUUUCUCUUUCCGUAUGGUUUCCUUUCGGGGUCCGAAUAAACCCUGAGCCACCCCUAGAUUGGUCUUGUUUAGGGGUUUAUUCUAAUAUCGACGAAGAUCCUCGACUAUUUUAAUCUUCAGUUUCUCUUGGGAAUAAAAAUGGCCCCAAGAUAAACUUAAAUAUAAUGCUUAUGCAAAAUUUUGAGCUUUGCUCAUAUAUCGAUACUUAUGUAUUAAUCCUAAAUGCUUCAAAAUACAACAAUGAACCCUUGUAUUUAAUUGUAUUUUUAUUGUUAUUUAAAAAUAAUGACAAAAAAAAAAACAAAAAACAAAAAACAAGAAGCUUGGGUAUUAUAAAGAGGGCGAAAUUCUCUGGAGAUAUGAAAAAAAAAACAACCUGAUUAUCAAAAUGAUGGCCAACUAACCUAUAUAGUUUCACCAGAAUGGCAUUUUUGAUGUAGGAUCACCAACGAGUUACACUUGUUAAUCCUACUAAUCAUACUUGUGAUUAAACGACGCCGCAACGCCGGAGUAUACUUAAGGAGUGCGAAAUACAACCCUUAACAACUUAAUAUUUGAUUCAUUAAAAACUUGGCAUAGAGGGUAAAAUGAUUGCUAAAAACGAUUGGCACAACAAAUCCGAGUACUUAGGUUGGUGUCUCUGGAGGGCUAGGUGGUAAAGCUUGUGCCUGUCUUCUGCCAUUAGCCCAUACUGACCAGGAUGUUGAAGCGACUGAGAGUGCCCACAUAGUUGCACCAGGGCUGAUGAUAUGAAGAUAACGGGAAUAUUAUGACAUAUCGUAUAAACAUUUGAUCUCAUAUAUUUAUCUGACUUUCCUUAUUUCUCUUAGAUGAUAAGUUCCGUUGCAAACUGGACCUUGGUUUGUUGGUAGACAUGACUGAAACUAUUUCAUCACCUUUGAAGGUAAUAUGUGUUUUGCUACCUCCUCACCUGACUGACCGGCAGUUAAGACGUCACAUGGUAUAUCGCUUUUCAGUGAACUAAUACAAUGAUGAGAACUUUUCUUUAUUACGCAACGUGUUUUGGGCAGUUAGGGUCACGUAAACAUUUUGGCAAAAUUGCAUUCUCAUUUCAAAAAUGCCCAUUUAAUGGAACCAUUAUAUACAAUGGGGGGUGGGGUUGGUGGGGGGGGGGGGCGUUAUUCCCUUUAGAACUGGAGGCUUUAAGAAUUUUGGGCUGAUUAUCAGUUUGGGUCAUGUGACCAAGAAAAUUAAUAGUAAACUAAGGCGUGUUUUACAAAUAAAUGAGCAAAUAGCCAACCAUUAAUUUCUUGUAUAUUUCCUCCCGAAAUCUCAUAAAUUUUACUUAAGGCCUGAUUUAUCACUUUUGAGAUCGUACUCAGCAGUGGUAGCAAUCGUCUGGAAAUCAUAUGAAUACCGCCGGCAUCUUUAGACUGAAGUAGUUCAUGAUUUUUUCAAUUUCCUACUUGGGAAAAUUAAAUACUGAGACCUGCCGACCUACCAAGCAUCUAUGGAACAAAACAUUAAAUUGUUUCCUUGCAACUAAUAAAAUUUUUAUAUAUUGAGGGAUAAAAUACGUUAUGAUUGUUUUCGAUAGAUGUAGAAAGACGUGAAUUCAUCUGCAGCUUCCCUUUCAGUUUCAAAUUCCUCGUCAUUUAAGUUCCACGUUUCACACAUUAUAGUGCAAGUCUGUCAGUUAUGCUUUAAGAAGUACAUAAUUUGAUUGCAGGUAAGAUUUUUUGUCCUAUAGGAUGUUUUAUUAUUAAAGCUAAAUAUAUUUUUUUCAUUUUAGGGAAAAGGUGCACGCUUGGUGGUAACCGCAACGGGUGCAAAGUCGAAACACCAGAGGGGAUUAAGAGGCGUCGAUGACCGCGCCUACCGUUUGUCAAAUUAUACAGAACUAAAUGACUUGUUCGAUGACUUGGCGAAAGUCAUCUGUCAGCGUAAGUGAUAAUUAUAGUUUGGCAAUGUAACUGAGGAAGGGCUGAAGUACUAGUCUGAAAUGUCCUCAGUCUACUCGCCCUAUCCCCCACGGGGCGGCUGGGGGAGGGGGGCGGAUAUGGCAUUUCAGACUACUGAAAAACCAACAAAAGUUACGACGCGGAAAGUUUUUUGUCAAUGCUUUCCCUAUCUGGGCGGCUAUACAGAAAAGUCCUUUUACCCCUAUCUUGAUUCUCCUCAGAAUUGUCCUCUAGUGUUAAUCCAGUUUAAAGCCUUCUCACUAUGCUUUCCUUCACUCUCUUUGAGAUCUGCAACGGUAUAACGAUAAAUGGAGGAAGGUAACUAUUUUAGCAGGCCAAGUCUCCGCAUUUGGGAGGUGACCCUAUUAUAGACGUAAAGGGAACGUACGAAUAUCUGCAGUGGAACCAAGAGAACUGUCCGUAUAAGAAAAGCGUUCGUAUUAUGUGGAGGAUGUCCGUAAGGACUAACCUGAGAUCAGGCCCAAUUUUUGUUCCACUUUGUAAACAUUCCGGCAGGCAAGGCGACGCGCUGGCCGUUGGAGAGAAUGUAUGAGAACCGCUAAAAUUGGGCCUGAUCUCAGGUUAGUAAGGACGAAAAGACAGUGUUACUUAAAAAACUGCUAUCAAAUUUUUUUGCCAUUAACGGUGGCCUUCAUGUAGGUUUAUGCAUUCUCUGUGUAAAAAUGAGAACAUUCCUAUGUGGGGAAAGCACCGUUGCCGCAUAACAAAAGAAAUUGCUAUCCACCUUACCCGGAUCAUUACUUAAACUUCACGUAUUUCAUCGUAUUUUACUUAAUUGCUCACACAUUUUUCAUUUUAGGAGACGAACUUCCUUCGAUAUCUGUGACUGAAGCCAACAUGCUGCAACACGGUGACAGCAUCAUAGUCUUUUGUAACAUCACUCGCCCCUCGUGGAGUUCUCGGCUGAAAAGGAUUUCAUGGUUUAAAAAUGGUGUUGUACAGCAAAGCGUGAGAUACCCGGACCAAUACUCUCCCGUACCGCUUGUUAUAAAAAAUGCCGCGGCCAGAGAUGGUGGAAAUUAUACUUGUGUUCUUGAGGUUUCGCUUCGCGGAAUAAGACGUUACAAAGUAUCAGACAGUGUUAUGAUUACAAGUGAGUAUACAAUUAGUCUUUGGUAGUUUCCACCAUAAGAACAUAGUUCGAAUGGUGCAACCUCAUUGAGGGGACAUAUUUUCACGCAUAAAUUCUCACCUGCAAAAGAUCUGACCAAUCUGGAAUGUGAUUGGCUGUACAUCUGAAGUGUAAGCAAGUCUAAGCCAAUAACAACAAAACCAGGGAUUGAAGUUUGAAAUGAAUAGUUAUAGUAUAAGGAUAAUUAUCUAAACAAUACCCUAAAGAAAAUGGGAGAAGUAGCUACGUUAAGAAACGGUUUUCACGAUGGUCAUACGUAAGUUCUAAGAGUUCAUGAUCUUAAAUGAUAUUCUUGCCUUUUUUGCAGUUGCUCCGUGGUUUGAUAAACCACAAGGGGAUACUGAAUUGAACAAAUUCAAGGAAGAAAGUGUUUCUUUUCAGUGUGCCGCCAAAGGUUUCCCAUUAAACGUUGAAUGGAAGUUUCAGAAGAGUGGUGAAGACAAUAUACGCUCUUGCAUAAGUACGUGUUGGGCCAGUUGUGCAUCUCAUCGCGUAAACGUAUAAGGCCAUCCCAAUAAAAUGUUUCGUUUCCCAUCGCCCCGUCUCUUGUGAUGGUGGGUCGGUCGGUCGGACAAAAAAGAUGGCCGGGCCGCUAAAUAAGAAAGCCUCAAGUCAACUCGAAAACGUGGUCUUUUCGACUAUCAAAUAUCUAAACAGCCUUUAAAAAACGUAGUAUUGAUGUUAAUCAAAAACAAGAACAUCACAUCAUGCCAAUUGUUGUUAACAAAACAAGAUCGUGUGCUUUUAAAUUAAAAUACUUGCUUCUUUGACUAGUGAAUCUGGAAUUUCUGUUUUUUUACUUUUUGAAAAAAAUGGGUCGGUCGGGCGAUGGCAAACGAAACGUUUUAUUGGGAUGGCCUAACCUCUCCACCAGCUUACAAGACUGGCGCAUAUAAUUACUUCUAAAAAAAAUGGAAUAGGAUGCUUUUGUUUGCAUGUCAAUUGAGUUAAUCAAUAUUCGGACAAGUAUACAUGAGUCACAAUGCGUUCACGGUAUCGAGGUGGUACACGUAAAGGAAGUUUGUACUGUACUUAUUGAAGCGUUAGUUUUGUCUAUGGGCCUUUUUUCAAUAAGGAAGUUUGUUCUCAGUUUUAAAAUACCUUUACAGGUGGUUCAGAUGCAAAAUACCGCAUACAUCGCAGUGGGAUUUACGCGCCAUAUGUAUUGACAGUGAACGACUUGCAGUAUUCUGACAGUGGAUCUUAUUAUUGCUGCCUCCCCUCUAACUGCUCCGAUGAUGUCAAAAACAACUGCCAGCGAUUUGUACUUGGAGUAAGAGGUAACAAAAAGCUUGUUUUCUUUUUCUCUUUUCCGGAAUAUUUCCACAGUAUUAAAAAAAGGUAGAUUACAUAGAGAGAAAUGAAUCUUGGGUCAGUUAACCACAGGAAGGGGAGAUGCCAUUUGAUGGGUAGGGGGUGGGGGGGAGUGUCCGCCGUCUCGCCUAGGGGUCAGCAGGUUUUGAUCUCAUCUGGGGAGCUCACGAAGGGAAGCUUUUAUUUAGUUUCUCUUUCCGUAUGGUUUCCUUUCGGGGUCCGAAUAAACCCUGAGCCACCCCUAGAUUGGUCUUGUUUAGGGGUUUAUUCUAAUAUCGACGAAGAUCCUCGACUAUUUUAAUCUUCAGUUUCUCUUGGGAAUAAAAAUGGCCCCAAGAGAAACUUAAAUAUAAUGCUUAUGCAAAAUUUUGAGCUUUGCUCAUAUAUCGAUACUUAUGUAUUAAUCCUAAAUGCUUCAAAAUACAACAAUGAACCCUUGUAUUUAAUUGUAUUUUUAUUGUUAUUUAAAAAUAAUGACAAAAAAAAAAACAAAAAACAAAAAACAAGAAGCUUGGGUAUUAUAAAGAGGGCGAAAUUCUCUGGAGAUAUGAAAAAAAAAAACCUGAUUAUCAAAAUGAUGGCCAACUAACCUAUAUAGUUUCACCAGAAUGGCAUUUUUGAUGUAGGAUCACCAACGAGUUACACUUGUUAAUCCUACUAAUCAUACUUGUGAAUAAACAACGCCGCAACGCCGGAGUAUACUUAAGGAGUGCGAAAUACAACCCUUAACAACUUAAUAUUUGAUUCAUUAAAAACUUGGCAUAGAGGGUAAAAUGAUUGCUAAAAACGAUUGGCACAACAAAUCCGAGUACUUAGGUUGGUGUCUCUGGAGGGCUAGGUGGUAAAGCUUGUGCCUGUCUUCUGCCAUUAGCCCAUACUGACCAGGAUGUUGAAGCGACUGAGAGUGCCCACAUAGUUGCACCAGGGCUGAUGAUAUGAAGAUAACGGGAAUAUUAUGACAUAUCGUAUAAACAUUUGAUCUCAUAUAUUUAUCUGACUUUCCUUAUUUCUCUUAGAUGAUAAGUUCCGUUGCAAACUGGACCUUGGUUUGUUGGUAGACAUGACUGAAACUAUUUCAUCACCUUUGAAGGUAAUAUGUGUUUUGCUACCUCCUCACCUGACUGACCGGCAGUUAAGACGUCACAUGGUAUAUCGCUUUUCAGUGAACUAAUACAAUGAUGAGAACUUUUCUUUAUUACGCAACGUGUUUUGGGCAGUUAGGGUCACGUAAACAUUUUGGCAAAAUUGCAUUCUCAUUUCAAAAAUGCCCAUUUAAUGGAACCAUUAUAUACAAUGGGGGGUGGGGUUGGUGGGGGGGGGGGGCGUUAUUCCCUUUAGAACUGGAGGCUUUAAGAAUUUUGGGCUGAUUAUCAGUUUGGGUCAUGUGACCAAGAAAAUUAAUAGUAAACUAAGGCGUGUUUUACAAAUAAAUGAGCAAAUAGCCAACCAUUAAUUUCUUGUAUAUUUCCUCCCGAAAUCUCAUAAAUUUUACUUAAGGCCUGAUUUAUCACUUUUGAGAUCGUACUCAGCAGUGGUAGCAAUCGUCUGGAAAUCAUAUGAAUACCGCCGGCAUCUUUAGACUGAAGUAGUUCAUGAUUUUUUCAAUUUCCUACUUGGGAAAAUUAAAUACUGAGACCUGCCGACCUACCAAGCAUCUAUGGAACAAAACAUUAAAUUGUUUCCUUGCAACUAAUAAAAUUUUUAUAUAUUGAGGGAUAAAAUACGUUAUGAUUGUUUUCGACAGAUGUAGAAAGACGUGAACUCAUCUGCAGCUUCCCUUUCAGUUUCAAAUUCCUCGUCAUUUAAGUUCCACGUUUCACACAUUAUAGUGCAAGUCUGUCAGUUAUGCUUUAAGAAGUACAUAAUUUGAUUGCAGGUAAGAUUUUUUGUCCUAUAGGAUGUUUUAUUAUUAAAGCUAAAUAUAUUUUUUUCAUUUUAGGGAAAAGGUGCACGCUUGGUGGUAACCGCAACGGGUGCAAAGUCGAAACACCAGAGGGGAUUAAGAGGCGUCGAUGACCGCGCCUACCGUUUGUCAAAUUAUACAGAACUAAAUGACUUGUUCGAUGACUUGGCGAAAGUCAUCUGUCAGCGUAAGUGAUAAUUAUAGUUUGGCAAUGUAACUGAGGAAGGGCUGAAGUACUAGUCUGAAAUGUCCUCAGUCUACUCGCCCUAUCCCCCACGGGGCGGCUGGGGGAGGGGGGCGGAUAUGGCAUUUCAGACUACUGAAAAACCAACAAAAGUUACGACGCGGAAAGUUUUUUGUCAAUGCUUUCCCUAUCUGGGCGGCUAUACAGAAAAGUCCUUUUACCCCUAUCUUGAUUCUCCUCAGAAUUGUCCUCUAGUGUUAAUCCAGUUUAAAGCCUUCUCACUAUGCUUUCCUUCACUCUCUUUGAGAUCUGCAACGGUAUAACGAUAAAUGGAGGAAGGUAACUAUUUUAGCAGGCCAAGUCUCCGCAUUUGGGAGGUGACCCUAUUAUAGACGUAAAGGGAACGUACGAAUAUCUGCAGUGGAACCAAGAGAACUGUCCGUAUAACAAAAGCGUUCGUAUUAUGUGGAGGAUGUCCGUAAGGACUAACCUGAGAUCAGGCCCAAUUUUUGUUCCACUUUGUAAACAUUCCGGCGGGCAAGGCGACGCGCUGGCCGUUGGAGAGAAUGUAUGAGAACCGCUAAAAUUGGGCCUGAUCUCAGGUUAGUAAGGACGAAAAGACAGUGUUACUUAAAAAACUGCUAUCAAAUUUUUUUGCCAUUAACGGGUACUGAUCAAUGAGUGAGCUAUUUCGGCUUUAUUCCAAAUUAACAGCUGGCCCUUGUAAUAAAUCUUAUUAUUGUAGCUUAUUAUAUAUCUUAGUUAGUACGCGGGCUGCGAUUGGUCAAUUUUGAGGGCCGUAUUCUCCAAUACGGCCCACCAAAUUUGAAACUUUUUUCUGCGGUCAAAAUGUCUUCGGAAGACUCUCUCGAAACGUAUAUUUAAAAGGUUUGUACGCAGACAGAGAAAAACGACGGGACACUUUACAAGAUGAAGAAAAUUUGCCAAACUUUCAUGUGGAAAGGCGAAAAAGUAGCCAGCUGAAAGAAGGCUAAAGACGUUUUGUCGGUAGAUGUUCCUCGAGAGAAUUAUUCUUAGCUGGGAUAAAAGUACUCGCUUUAAGAUUUAAUUGAAAUCGGUAGUCCUGACGAAAUCUCUAGCUGUAAAAGACCUAGAAAAAGUAAAUUGGUGCGUAUUGUCCCUGCAGGGUCGUCCAGGUUUAAUGGAGCCGGUUGCAGGAUCCUCAGUGAUAAACUCUUGUUCACGAUCUUGUUUCACAGCUGUUGAUGGUGGCUUCUCCGAUUGGAGCCCAUUCUCUGACUGCGAUGUGACUUGUGGCAGUGGCGUCAAAGUACGAACAAGAACCUGUACUAAUCCCCCUCGCCAGUGGAAGGGAAAGGACUGUGUUGGAGCAAGAAAGGAGUCCAUGGCUUGCAAUGAAGGACCAUGCAAGUGA